UACUCAUCUCCUACAAAAAAAAACUCUUAAAAAACCAUCAUCUCAUGCACCCAACUUCUCCUUCAAAUUUCAAAAAUCCUUUUAAAUUUCUAAAUCUCACAAAAAAGACAAAUUUUUUUUCCAUAUUCCAAGAUUGUGUUCGAUCGUUUUCCCGAGUAAUUUGCUUGUCAAUAACAUUCCACUCAUAAGUAGGUUCACAUCGUGCCUAAAUUUCCUGUAACCCUGUGUAACUCAAUACGCCACGUUAGUAGAAAGAGUUAAGCUACUAAGCUAAGUUGUUGUUACGAAACUUGGGGCCACGUCCACCUUUCUAGGCUACAUAAUAGCUCCCCUUUUUCUUUUCCAAUUCCUUCUUUUAAAAUGGAUUGUGCUUUCAAUUGGGAAUACAAUACACUUAUAAAUGAGCUAACUCAAGGUAUUGAACACACUAAGCAACUUAGAGCUUACUUGAGCUCAAUGGCUUCUACUACUACUGAAAAUCAAGAAUUGCUUCUGCAGAAGAUUCUUUCUUCUAUUGAGCAAUCUCUGUUAAUUCUCAAAUGCAGUGGAUCGUCUAUCCAAUCUCCCCAGCCUGUGCUACAAACAUGUGGUGCAAUUGAAUCUUCGGUUUCAGUUGAUGGAAGUCCUAGGAGUGAGGACAAGAAAAGGAGUUUCAAAGAUCAUCAAGAGGUCAUAAAUAUUUCAAAGAAGAGAAAAUCACAGCCUACAUGGACUGAACAAGUCAAAGUCAGCGCACAGACUGGAUUUGAAGGUCCUACUGAUGAUGGAUAUAGCUGGAGAAAGUAUGGUCAGAAAGACAUUCUUGGAGCUAAAUAUCCUAGGAGUUACUACAGAUGCACAUAUCGUCACAUGCAAAAUUGUUGGACGACAAAACAAGUGCAAAGGUCAGAUGAUGAUCCUACUGUAUUUGAGAUCACAUACAAGGGUUCCCAUACUUGUCACCAAGCUACUAAUUCUGCACUACAACCGAAAUCACCAGAAAACCAAGAAUUCAAGAAACAAGCCAACUAUCAAACAGGGCAAUAUUCGAAUCAAGUGCUGAUGAAUUUGAGAGCAAACCUGAGAGUCGAUACUAAUGAUUUGGACAAGAAUGAGACAGCAGCAUGUUCUUUCUCCUUUCCUCCAACAUUCUCUGGUUUGACAGAUGAAAAUCGACAUUUCCAGAUUUCCCAUGUUGAUGAAAAUCUGAUGAUAGGUGGCGGCUAUUCACCGUCUUUUGUCUCUCCUACGACCCCUGAAUCAAACUACUUCUCAAUCUCGAGCAGCUGCCAGAUGAAUGGUUUUGGAAUGGUUCAUAACGGGCACCGUUCAGAAUCAGACCUCACUGAUAUAUUCUCAGCCAACACUUCCUCAACAAGUUCUCCAAUUUUGGACGGCGAGUUUUCACUAGACCAUUUUGAGCUAGAUCCAAAUUUCCCAUUUGAUAACCCCAGAUAUUUCUCAUGAAAUGCACUUAAAAAGAACAAUAAAGAUGAACAGUGUGGAUGUUAAUUGUUAUCGCCGAAAUCCUUUAUAGAAGUAGAUGAUCCCUCCUUUAAUAGUUAGUAUAGACAUGCUUUGCAAAAAUUAGCAACAAAACCAGCAAUUGAAUAGAAACUAGCUGUAUACAAUAGUCUACUGAACUUCCUGUAUUCUGACAUCAAGCUGCUGAGUGAAAUUCAAGCAUAUUCUUUCAAAAGGCUAUUGAACAUUCAUGAAUUCUAUCAAACUACAGAAAGCUCGGCUAUUCACCUUUGCGCUAUUCACAUUUGCUUACUAUCAUAAGCAGACAGAGAACAAUUGGGGAAACCAGAAAGCGUAUCUAAAAUUUGCAGACACUAAGAUGCCACAAGCCCUUAGGCUGUUGCAAACAGACAAUUCUUAGCACUCUUUAUCGUUCAAUUGCAGCAAGCAGGAAGUUAUUUAGGCGGUUGUAAAGCCUCCGACAUUAUACUUACUCCGGAAGAAGUCACAAGAAAAUCCAUAGAUUCAUAGACAACAAAGAUCAUAACGACUAAGUAGUAUAGGUAUAAGUAAAACUAUUACUCCCUACGUUUCAUUUUAUGUGUCUUAGUUUGAUUAGGCACGAAGUUUAAAGAAAAGUAAGAAAGACUGUUGAGUCUUGUGGUAAAUUAAAGAUGUGUGUAAUGUACCAAAAUGCCUUUGAAUCUUGUG